GGGCCGGCGCCGGGAGAGCCGCUCAAUCCGGGGGCGAGAAAGCGCAGCCGGCGGGAGUAGGAGGGGUCUGUGCCGCCGGAGGCGGGGCGGGCUCGGGGACCCGCGGGCCACCUGGGCUCUGCCGGAGUUGGAGGUGGCCGGAGGCUCUCGGUUGCUCAGCUCCCGUGGCUCUGGCGGAGUCUGCGCGAUGGGGGACCCGGAAAGGCCGGAAGCGGCCAGGCCCGAGCCAGAUGAGAGGUUAUCUUCAGAUACCAAUGAAAAUGAAGUGAAAUCAGAUGAAGAGCCACUCCUACGAAAGAGUUCUCGCCGAUUUGUCAUCUUUCCAAUUCAAUACCCUGAUAUUUGGAAAAUGUAUAAACAGGCACAGGCAUCUUUCUGGACUGCAGAAGAGGUUGACUUAUCAAAGGAUCUCCCUCACUGGAACAAGCUUAAAUCAGAUGAGAAGUAUUUUAUCUCUCACAUAUUAGCCUUUUUUGCAGCCAGUGAUGGAAUCGUGAAUGAAAAUUUGGUGGAGCGCUUUAGUCAGGAGGUACAGGUUCCAGAGGCUCGCUGUUUCUAUGGCUUUCAAAUUCUCAUCGAGAAUGUCCACUCAGAGAUGUACAGUUUGCUAAUAGACACUUACAUCAGAGAUCCCAAGAAAAGGGAAUUUUUAUUUAAUGCAAUUGAAACAAUGCCAUAUGUUAAGAAAAAAGCAGAUUGGGCCUUACGAUGGAUAGAAGAUAGAAAAUCUACUUUUGGGGAAAGAGUCGUGGCUUUUGCUGCUGUAGAAGGGAUUUUCUUCUCUGGAUCUUUUGCUGCUAUAUUCUGGCUAAAGAAAAGAGGUCUCAUGCCUGGACUCACUUUUUCCAAUGAACUCAUCAGCAGAGAUGAAGGGCUUCACUGUGACUUUGCUUGCCUGAUGUUUCAAUACUUAGUAAAUAAACCUUCAGAAGAAAGGGUCAGGGAGAUCAUUGUUAAUGCUGUUGAAAUUGAGCAGGAGUUUUUAACGGAAGCCUUGCCAGUUGGCCUCAUUGGAAUGAAUUGUGUUUUGAUGAAACAGUAUAUUGAGUUUGUAGCUGACAGAUUACUUGUGGAACUUGGAUUCUCAAAGGUUUUCCAGGCAGAAAAUCCCUUUGAUUUUAUGGAAAACAUUUCUUUAGAAGGGAAAACUAAUUUCUUUGAGAAACGAGUUGCAGAGUAUCAACGUUUUGCGGUUAUGGCAGAAACUACAGAUAAUGUCUUCACCUUGGAUGCAGAUUUUUAAAACCCUUUGUGUAUAUAAACCUAUCACUGGUAAAUAACUGUGUUUUUCUUUGCUUAAAAAACAAAAAAACAUGUAAAGCACCUCCUUAGGGAAUAAAAGUUUACUCAAGAGGAAAUCUAAAACCAAAUUUCAAUCAUGUUGGAUUUAUAUAAAUACACUCUAAUUUUUUUGUUUCAUCACUAAAAUAUAAGAUGAUAUUAUGUAGCAGUUAAGAGCAUGAUAUGAGGGGUCAGUUAUAAGUUGGACAUUCUGCCCUUACUACUUGUGUGAUUCUUGGCAAGUCAGUCAAAUUUCUAAAUCUCAGUGUAAGUAUCUUUAAAAUGAGUAUAAUAGUAGGUCCUAAAUUUAUCACAUGGAUAUGAAGAUUAAGCCACAAAAUUACCAAUAUUACCACCACCACCACCCCUACUACUACUACUUAUUAAUAGUGUUAAUUAUGGUGAUGUGAUAAAAUGCCCCGCUGUCCUCAAAGUAAUUGCAAUUCUAGGUCCUUAGAUCUAGAAUUAGAUCUUUGUAUUUUUAAUGUUUGAGGGAGAAUAUAAAGAUUUCAUUUAAAAGAUUAUAAUUCUCAUUAACUUGAGAAUAAUUUCUUUAAAUUCCUCAGCAUGUAGUAAAGGAAAUUUAGUUCUUAGUUGCUUUGGGGAGGAUACUUAUGAAGUGGAAUUCAGGAGGCCAUCCUGGUAGUUGACCUUGUAAGCAAAAUGAUUCUCCUCCUUUAGAAAUCAAAAUCAUCACUAUUGCCAGAUGUAGCCCUGAAAUAUUUAAAGCCCAGGUGAAUUAGCUAGGAUAGCAUUUCCCAAAGAGUAUUUGAAGAGUUGUUAGCCCCUCUAGAUAUUUUGUGAGAGGGAAAAAAAGGGGGGGGAUUUUGUGGUCAGAAGAAUCUGGGAAAUGUUUAUCUUCCCUUUCUCUUUAGAAUGUAUAGUCAGUACAUCAAAGAGAAAUUAUGCAAUACAUAAGCUUAUUUCCCCCUGCAUAUCCCAGACUUAAUACAAAUCUGUUUUUCACCAGUUAACAUCUCACCUAACUGGUAUUGCUCAGAACAUAGUUUGGAAAAAGCUGGCCUAGAACCAUUUGUACUGAGAGGAAGGAGUUGCAGACUAAGUUAAGGAGACCCGGUGGGGAUUACAGAACCAUUCAUAUUUGUGCCAAGCUGAGUAAUGUACCCAAGACUGACCUUUGUGGUGCUGCUUUAAUAUUCUUAAAACUCUUUUAUGCUGCUACAAGGUUUAACAGUCCUAAUAAUGGACUAUGCCUCAUGUACAAUAGCAGAUGGUGAGGGAGACAAAGGUCUCUGCAGAGGAGACUGAGGAAAGGCUGGGAGCCCAUCUUUAUCAUUAGGAAGAGUCCAGAGGUAGCACAAACUACCAAAGUGUGGUUUCCCCACUUAACAGCAAACUAUCUUAUAAAAUUCUGCAACCUAGAAUUUAGAGAUUUUCACUUUGCAUAAAUUUUUGCUCCAUUCAUUCAGCAAUGAUCUAAUUAACAAAAACUGGGAGUUCUCAAGUGGGUGCAAAAGGAGCAGGUCAUAACUUUGUUAGGGAGGAUGCCAGAAACCUGAUAUAUCUCAGCCCAUCACAAUGCCGAUUAUUUGUUCAGCUCGUUCAGUGCUGCACAUUUGGCCAGCUGUUUUUACAUCCACUCAGAAGAUCCCACAACAGCUUUAGGAACUUGACAGAGCAGCUAGUAUUGACAUUUUACUGAUGGGAGAGAGUGAGACUGAGAGAAGUUAAAUGACUUGGCCAAGAUCUGCUCAUAUCAUUGCAGUAGACAGGAGUACAUAUCUAUGACAGUAGAAUUCUUUUUUCUUAGAGAUUAUCAUCUUUCUUGUAUUUAGUCCUUUAUAUCCAUCUUGAUGUGAUUUUGCCUAUUUCCUCACUCAAGUAUUAGGUACUUUAAGGUGUUAUAUAAAGUAUUUUAACUAUAUUCAGGUAGUAUGUUCUAAAGAUGUGUCUACUUCUAUACAAAAACUGAACAUUUAAUAUUGAUAAUAUCUGUAAUUUAAUUAUCAAUUUAAAUUGAUAAUAUCUGUAAUGAUACCAGAACGAAAGAAAGAAAAAAGUUUUCAGUGCAUAUUUCCUUUGAAUCCAGAUCUUUUUCAUAGGUAAUGACAGGUGCCUUAAUAUACAGCUUAUUUAUAGUAGCAAUAAAUGUAACUGUAUUGAGAUGAAGAAGUUUUAAUACUGAUACUGGAUUUUUAAUACACUGGGUUAUUAUAUUCGGUGUUCUAUAUCCUUUUCUAGGACUCCAGGUUGCGUAUUUAUUUAUUAUGUUCAGUAUUUUGCUUCUUAGUUCUUAAGGAAUGAAGCGGUUGUGGAAUCUCUUUUUAAUAUUAUAGAUAAAAAAAUUCAGAGUAUGUUUGUAACUUCUUUUUUAACAGCACAUGUAUUUAAAUCAUUGCUAUAGUAGUUAAAGUUAAGUUCAUUAUUUAGGAAUACUAUAAAAACUUGUAGUUCAUGACAGAUUGCACUUAUUAAAAAUAUUUCAUUGUAAUAUGUAGAAUCAUGACUUGGAAAGACUUGGGAAGAUAGUUUGAUCCAGUGCUUUCAGACAAGGCUGUUUUGUUCAAUUAUGUAUGAUAAUAAACAAUUUUUUUUUACAUAUAAGCUUA